AUGCGUCAGGUGUUUGGACUCGCUUUCCUCUUUGUGCCGGGUGGGAUCGGCAUUAUCUGCCUUCGAACUGUGGAGUACUUUGAGGAGAAACAGCUGGUUCUUGCUGAAGACCAUAUAGCGUCAGAACCAAGGAUUAAAAAACUGGAACCUGUACUUUUGCCAGGUGAAAUUGUGGUAAAUGAAGUAAAUUUUGUAAGAAAAUGCAUCGCAACAGACACAAGUCAAUAUGACCUGUGGGGCAAAUUGGUUUGCACUAACUUCAAGAUUUCCUUUAUUACGGAUGACCCAAUGCCACUACAGAAAUUCCAUUAUAAAAACCUCCUCCUUGGUGAACAUGAUGUCCCACUAACAUGCGUUGAGCAAAUUGUCACAGUGAAUGACACCAAGAGGAAGCAGAAGGUCCUUGGUCCCAACCAAAAACUCAAAUUUAAUCCAACUGAAUUAAUAAUUUAUUGCAAAGACUUCCGUAUUGUAAGAUAUCGUUUUGAUGAAGCGGGUCCCGAAAGUGCAAAAAAGGUGUGCCUUGCAAUAGCUCAUUAUUCUCAGCCAACAGAUCUUCAGCUUCUCUUUGCAUUUGAGUAUGUUGGAGAAAUAUAUCAUAAUCCAGCAAAGAAGGUGAAUGGAAUAGACCCAGGAGGUGGUGGUGGUGGCAUCGGCAGUGCCAGUGGUCAGCAGACACCUUUGUUUGAAACUUACUCUGAUUGGGAUAGAGAAAUCAAAAGGACAGGUGCCUCAGAGUGGAGAGUUUGUUCAGUCAAUGAAGGUUAUAUGAUAUCUACUUGCCUUCCAGAAUAUUUUGUGGUUCCAUCUUCCUUAGCAGACCAAGACCUUAAGCUAUACUCCUACUCUUUUAUUGGGAGACGAAUGCCAUUAUGGUCCUGGAAUCACCCUAACGGGAGUGCCCUUGUAAGAAUGGCCAACAUUAAAGAUGUAUUGCAACAAAGAAGAAUUGAUCAAAGGAUUUGUAAUGCAAUAACUCGAAGCCAUCCGCUGAGAAGUGACGUUUACAAAUCUGAUCUGGACAAGUGUCUCCCCAACAUCCAGGAAAUCCAGGCUGCACAUAUCAAACUCAAACAACUGUGUGUUAAUGAGCCUUUUGAAGAAACUGAAGAGAAGUGGCUAUCCUCACUGGAAAAUACUCACUGGUUAGAGUACAUUAGAUUGUUUCUUAAGCAUUCUGCCGAGCUUGUAUAUAUGAUGGAGUGUAAGCAUGUUUCUGUAGUUCUACAAGAGGAAGAGGGACGGGACCUGAGCUGUCUUGCUGCUUCUCUCAUUCAAGUCAUGCUGGAUCCCUAUUUUCGAACAAUUGUUGGAUUUCAAAGCUUAAUACAGAAGGAAUGGGUCAUGGCAGGAUAUCAGUUUUUAGAUAGGUGCAACCACUUAAAGAGAUCUGACAAAGAGUCUCCAUUGUUCUUGAUGUUUCUUGACUGUGUUUGGCAGCUGCUAGAACAAUACCCAGCAGCCUUCGAGUUUUCUGAAAUGUACUUGACCAUAUUGUACGACAGUGCACGUAUCUCAUUGUUUGGCACGUUCCUUUUCAAUUGUCCUCAUCAGCGAGUAAAGGAAAGCACCGAAUUUGCCAUAAGCAAAAAUAUUCAGCUGGGCGAUGAGAAAGGCCUCAGAUUUCCUUGUGUUUGGGACUGGUCUCUUCAGUUUACAAGCAGGGAUCGCCUGCUCUUUCACAACCCUUUGUAUAUUGGAAAGAGAAAAAAAGCACCAUGUGUACAAAAUGGAGCAGUGAAAACUUUUAAACGCUCAAAGAAAAACUACAGCUCCACAUUGCGAGGUGCCCCCCCAGCGUUAAAAAACGGAAUCAUCAGUGAGCAAGAGUUCCUUCCAAGAAGAAACUCUCUGAUACUAAAACUGAAACCGGACUUCUUACAGCAAACAGAGAGUCAGGGUAGCAGUAUGGAACAGUACUUCAGAGACUGGUUUGCAAAGCCUGUUGAUUUGCACGGCGUAAUUCUACCCCGUAUCUCUGGAACACAAAUAAAACUGUGGAAACUGUGCUACUUCCGCUGGGUUCCUGAGGCCCAGAUUAAUCAUGGUGGCUUCAUCACUGCUUUCCAUAAAGUUUCUUUGCUGGCAGAUGAAGUAGACAUGUUAAACCGGAAUCUUCGGCAGUACAAAAGCAACUCUUCUUUGCAAGGCAACUGCUCAGAACUGGAUCAAAGCAGGAUGUACUUCAGAGCAAACGGUGUACAUGACACCUCUGGGGCCCCAGACUUUCUCUCCUCCUCAUUCCCAUUUUCUCCUGUAGGGAACCUAUGCAGACGGAGCAUUCUGGGAACACCUUUAAGCAAAUUUUUAAGUGGUGCCAAAAUCUGGCUAUCCACUGAGACACUUGCAAAUGAAGACUAAGCUGAUGUGAUGGUUUAAAAGUUUGAGGAGAAUACAGCAUAUCAUUUUGUCUUUUCUAAGUUAACACUGCUAAAUGCAGCAUUGAAAGCUGUAAUAAUUUUUAUAUACAAACAUUACGUAAGUUUUGCACAAGUAUUUAAAAGCAAAGCAAGUCAAGCUUCAAAUCGCACAAUUUUGUCUCAGUAGUUCUCAUCUGCUAGGGCUUCUGGUCCCUAAUUCCUU